AACGCAUAGGAAGCUGCUGCCGCCACGCUUUCAACAGAUGUGCAGUGAAAGGCAGCCUGCCACGUACUGAAUUUAGCAUUUGAAUCUUUAUUAUAGUUCAAUCUAUAGGCAUACAGAUUGAGAUGCAGAUGUUUUAUUCGCUUUAUUUGUCAAGUUUUUCUGCUUGGGAUGGAGGAGGUCGCCUGCGUUUUUUGUUUUUUUUUUCCAAAUGGACUCCCUCAACCAAGAGAGAUUACCACACAGUCUGAGUUUACCUGAGCAUAGCACUAAGUGACGCUCCAGUUGUGUAACGUUACAGUCUAUGGUCGAGCUGUUCUGCCUAUCGGACGUUUAACACGUUUCUCAUCAAAUCCUCACCGUCAGAAACGAUGCUGUUUUUUCUUCUGUUGUGGACAUUACUGCAAUGUGCAGACCUGUUUUCCGUCAAUGUGCCUUCUUAUCCUGUACUCGCUGUGCGUGGAGCGACGGCAUUGCUUUCAUGCUUUUUUGAGUCGGACUCGAACCCCUCAAGUCUGGUGAUCACGUGGCAGCGGGUGGAAGACAUGCGUGUCGUUCACAGCUACUACCACCAGAAGGACCAGCUGAAGAGACAGAGUGCUGAUUAUUUCAAUCGCACACACUUAAAUUACAACGAAACUGCUAAAGGAAACGCAUCUCUGAGUAUAGCAAGUUUUGGACUGAAGGAUGCUGGGAUAUACGAGUGCGUAGUGAGCAACACCAAAGGAACUGACAAAGGAACUUUACAACUCAUUUACGCAGCCCCUUAUUCAGAACCGAGGUUAAGCAUCCAUCUCAAAUCCUCCAACGUGACUGUCCAGUACGAGACAGAGGGCUUCCCGAAGCCAGAGGUCUUGUGGCUGAAUUCAGGAGGGCAGAAUCUCACCAACCAUCAGGAGGUUUCGAAUACAUCAGAUGAAGGCCUGUACUACCUUAAAAGCAGCUACGUGACCGAGAAUCCAGCAAUAAACAUCACAUUUAUGCUAAAAAACACUGUUGCGCAUCAGGAGCUACAGAGGCAUCUUAUCCUCAACUUUGAUGAAGGCCAAAGCUCCAGCUCAUCAGUUGCUGUUCUGUCUGUACUUUGCUCGUGUCUCCUAUUAUCAACCGGCGUUCUCUUAUACUUUUACUUUCAUGGCAAACCUGCGCACAAGCCCACAAUGAACAAUCAUCACUAAAAUGAAAUCCUGCUGAAAUGUAUUAACAACUACUGCCAAUCACAAAAUGCUUCCAACAACCGUUUGGGAUUGUAUUUUUGUAUUUGAAACAUGCCUCUGCUGCUCAACUGCAUGUCAUUCCAAUAUGCCAGCGGUAAUGCUGAAAUGUGUGAUUUUUGUUGAGCCUUCAUGAAAAGAGUUAGGGAUGAGAAGUGUUUAAUAAGGGGCCGUUCACACAAAGUUUUUUUUUUCUUGGUGAUUUUUAUGUUUGUGUCUUUAUGAAGUGAUUACAUUUUUAAAAAACAUUUCAUGUUAAAAAUAUUUCAACUUUUACAUGCAGUCACUCAUCAAUAUUUUCCAAAGCUGAGGUGGGGCCAGGUUUUGAGGCACCGUUUACAGCCGCAAGUUGGCAUUAUGUUAUUUUUUAUGUUAACGUAACGUGAAGGCAUUUUUUAUGUUAAAUUUGCGUCCCAAAUCACAUACUUAUGCACAAUUCUAUGCCCUUUUGUACAAUCAAUAGUGACGCACCAAAAAUUUGUGUGAACCUUUAUUUACCUUUAUAUAUUCGACAAAUAUUCGAAAUUACAUUUGUUUUGACAACCCUAUAUAGUAUCAGUAAAUAGUGCAUACCCGC